CGCCGAACAAACAAAAAUUCCUGACAAAUUGAAACGAAAACUCGUAGCAAAUUUAAAUUCCAAUUGAGAAUUGUUUGCCUACAUUGGUGUUUCUGUGACUUCCACUGCACUUUUUUGAGAGUAAAAACAGCCACAAGAUAACCGAAAAGAAAUAGCUUCAAAAUGUCAGAUCGUAAGGCAGUCAUCAAAAAUGCGGAUAUGAGCGAGGAGAUGCAGCAGGAUUCGGUGGACUGUGCCACACAGGCACUCGAGAAGUACAACAUUGAGAAGGACAUUGCCGCCUACAUCAAGAAGGAGUUCGACAAAAAGUACAAUCCCACCUGGCAUUGCAUUGUCGGACGCAACUUUGGAUCGUAUGUGACACAUGAGACGCGCCACUUCAUCUACUUCUACCUGGGCCAGGUGGCCGUAUUGCUGUUCAAGAGCGGUUAAUCGGACAAAUGUAGGCUACCAUAAUAGAUGUUCAUAUUGUAGAAGAAAUCAUAAUCAUAGACUCAAUUACCUGAAAUAAAACACGUUCUGGAUGAAGCAUACAUAUGUAUAUUUGUUGCAUUUACAUUUUCUUUUUCACACAAAU